GGAAUAUUGUGCAUGAGUCGUAUGGACUGCUUUUAUGUUCUUUCCAGUGGUCCUGAUGAGCGUUUCCAAACCACCUCCGCCCCAUUCCCAUUUUCCUCCCAGUAACCCUUCCUCCCAUCUCCCCCUGCCUCCAUCCUCCUCUACCUCCCCCUCUCCCUCCACCCCUCCCUCCGCUGCGGGUCCCCCCAGCCCCGCUGUGCCUCCUACUCCCUCCCCAGUCAAGAUUUCCAUGCAGGAGCACUUUGCCAUCAAUGUGUGCCCCGGCCCCAUCCUCCCCAUCCCACAGAUCUCCGACUUUUUCCCUCGUUUCCACGACUUCCCCAUCACCCCCCUUCCACCCCGGGAGAAACAGGUUCUAAAGGACAAAGACAAGGACGGAGACGGGAAUGGAGAGAAAGACCGUAAGAGGGAGAGAGAACAAGGGGAGAACGGAGAGUUUGCCGACUCGGAUGACGAUGACACCUACCUGGGAACUCUGGAGUUCAGCCUGCUAUUUGACCAAGAAAAUAACUGCUUGCACUGCACCAUCCACAAGGCUAAAGGGUUGAAGGCCAUGGACUCCAAUGGACUGGCGGAUCCAUAUGUGAAACUCCACGGAACUCCAUCAGCCUCCCAUAAAAAGUGCAGGAAGCAUAAGGAAAAAAGCGAGAGGGAGGGAGAGAUUCUGUUGCAAAGCCAGCAGAAAUUUUGCGCGAGCAGCUUUGUCUUGACCCAGUGUGUGUAUAAAUUAACUUCGUUAUCAGUUUCAAUACACUCUCCCUCUCUUUUUCAGGCAAAUAAAUUGCGCACUAAGACUUUAAAGAACACGCUGAAUCCAGUGUGGAACGAAACGCUCAUCUAUCACGGCAUCACGGCUGCUGACAUGACCACCAAAACCCUCAGGCUGUGUGUGUGUGAUAUGGAUCGUUUAGGACGGAAUGAGUUCAUAGGUGAAGUCAGGGUGGCCCUCAAGAAACUGAAGGAGGGAGAGAGCAAGAAAUACUAUAUGGGCCUUGAGAGAAUUACACAGACCCGGGAGGGUAACAGCCAGGCAGUGGAUCCUGGGGCUCCUGUUGCAGAAGAAGAGCGUGGCCGUAUCCUGGUCUCUCUGAUGUACAUCACAGAGAAGAGUUCUCUGAUUGUGGGAAUUAUUCGCUGUGCUCACCUCGCCGCCAUGGAUUCGAAUGGCUACUCGGACCCCUUUGUCAAAAUUGUUUUGCAGCCUAACAUGGGGAAAAAGUCCAAAUACAAAACCUCAGUAAAGAAGAAGACACUAAACCCAGAGUUUAACGAGGAGUUUACCUAUGAAGUCCCGCAUGAUCAGCUGGCCAAGAAAACCCUGGAAAUCUCAGUCUGGGACUACGACCUUGGCAUGAGCAAUGACUUCAUAGGUGGCGUUGAAUUGGGGAUUAACGCAAAAGGAGAGAGACUGAAACACUGGUUUGAGUGUCUAAAAUACAAAGGAAAGAAAGUGGAGUACUGGCACACACUGACACAGCAAGGAGCCCCUAGCAGUGACUAACACACAAGCACACACAUGUUAAUUCUCUGCUAAGUAAUACAAAGAUAAUGGAGUAAUAAUGAUAAAGAAAUGCAAUAAUGCUCAGUCUGAGAAUGAUGAUGAUGACGUUCCAUAUUAAUGUGUGAGAAAAAGCAUAAUAAUCUAUUGUACAGCUAAGUGUCACAUUCUUUUGUGAUGAGAGAGAAGCAAGUGUGUGUUCACAAGCCCGGAUUGUGACGUACAAAGAAUCGACCCCUUUUUCUGGUCUACACGUCACUAAUGUGAAAUCGUACUGUGUUGUGACUAUGCCACAGGAGCUCAUGCCAUAUUAUAGUGUUAUUGUUUAUUACAUGUUAAACGUGUAAUAGCAUCCUGGUGUUUGUUACAGUUGGUGGUGCCGUAAUUUUGCACACUGUCAAAGCACAACACAUCCAGCUGAUUGUAAAUGUCUAUGUGUACCUAUGUAUUUACCUUUUGUGAUUUGUUACGAAUGAAACUUUACAGUCUCUUCCAGCCCGACAAAAACAUGACAAAGCACAAAGGACGGCACAUGAAGGAACUCUAAAGCAAUGAAAAGAAUUGUCUAUGGAUUUAAACGUUCACUCAAGAACUGCCGCCUGUCACUUUGAGCAGAACCAAACGACAGUCACCUCAACACGAAUGUGUGCGUGCGUGUGUGUGUGAAUGUCCCUGUCUGUGUUUUGUCUUUGUAUGUGUCUUUGUUAAAUGUUUGUAUAGUCUACAAAAACAAAUGUGCUGAUGCACAUUGACAGACUUUUUCGCUUUCUCUCCGGCACCCUCUACUGGUUUAGAGGUCUAACCGCCAGUACAGAGGGUGAAUCGCCUCUGGCAGGCCUCAUGCACAACUGCACGCCCCAUUAGGGGUUAAAUUAGCAAUCAAACGAAGCCUUUGAAGGACAAACUACCUGUCAAGGACAGCUUUGGGUCGCACAAGAGUCAGAACACAAAAUCUGGGUUGAUUUGCUUUGUCGUCCUGACAGUUAGCUCUGUGAAAAGAUGCACAUUUCUUGCCAUGCGUGGGGAUUUUGGCUAUAAUCGUAUCCGUGUGAUAGCAUUUAUUAGCUAUUUAUAACAUUUAAACUUUUCAACUUUUCACCUAGUCUUGACAUUUUAGGCAUUUAAUUGCACAAAAACGUAUUGUUAACCUCGUCCUUUCAUGGCCUCAUCCAUCAUUCCAAACUUG